AUGGAUGGAAAUGUUGUCAUCAAAGUGGGAUUUUGGAUCCGGGAAGGAAAAUGGAAAAAACUUCAGCUUGACAAGCUUGUCGCUAAACCCCAAACAAGUUAUAUGAAAAGCAAACAGACAGUUGUUACAGUUAAAGUCACCAACGCAGAAGACGUCAAUAAUUGUGACGUUAUCGUGAUCAAAAGAAAUGACAGACAGAAUAGGGAUAGUCAGAUUAUUCUGGAACGAAUUCAAUCAUUGCCAGGAAUUAUUCAGCUGGACUCCGAAACCGACCAGAUGAUUUUGUUCAACAGGAAUCUUACUUUCAACAAGCUAAACUCGGUCGCCAGCGACCUGGAGCCUCUAAACGUUAUGCCUUCUUUUAUGGUUCAAAACACUAACCACGUAGAGCAAUUGCUACAGCAGAACUCAUUAGUUAAGUUCCCAUUUAUAUGUAAGCCAAAUAGUCUCAAAGCUAAUGAAAUGGACCAUCAGAUGCAAAUAGCUUACAACAUGGACGAGUUAGAACGACUUGAAGUUAAGAGGUAUCUGCUGCAACCACUGAUCAGACAUAAGGGACUCCUCAAGAUCUUCGUGAUUGGAAAUGAAUAUUAUAUCGGAGUACGACCCAGCAUUGACGAUUUCGUGGCACAAAGUCAGUGCAAGGAGUUCAAUACUUUCAUGGUGAAAACUCUGGAAAAAAUAGGCGAAGAAUUAUCCAAGGACCUGAUGCGACACGUGGACGAAAAUGAUGUUCUCAACUUGAUAACAGUUCUGGGAAAAGAGUUCAACCUAUCCUUGUACGGAGUGGAUCUGGUGAUUUCAGAGGAAGGAACAGCAUUCAUCAUAGACGUGAACAUUUUCCCCGGCUACGCCGAAAUGAUAUCGAAAAAGGGAAUUGAUUACGUGCACGAAGCUUUCAUGAACUUAGCAGUGAAAAAAUUCAACGACAACGUCAUCCACGAUCCUCACAAAUCAUCUUUGAAUUUGAAAACUGAAGAUCCCAGAUAG